ACUGCUGUGAGCAGUGAGUAAGGGGGUCAUGCUGCUGACAAGUGCUUUGGAUAUGCUGGAGUGGGGGAAAGUAAUCUGGGACAUCUCCUGUCACCUGUGCACAGCCCCUGGGACCACAGCAGGCUCAGGGAAGGGUGUCCUGGCUGGCAGGGUCACCUUCAGUCCUGCCUGGGACACUAUCCCAGGCUUCAGAGAGGAAUGGGACAAGCUGGCCCUUAAGGAACAUGUCAUGGGACAGCAGUUGGGCUCUCAUGCCAGGAGCACUGGCAGCAGCCACGUGUUCCUUUCUCUCCAGCAGCUCAAGGUGGGAUGUGGCCCUUGGGCAGAAGUGUCAGGUUUUGGAAAGGGAUGCUGUGUGUGCAGCAGCAUAGUGUGCACUCGAGUCCUCACUUCCCCUGCAGUGCUGGGCCAGGGAGAAUUUCUGUGGGGAGUAACAGGAGGUUCUAGACUCAGAGUGAUGCUGGCCAAGAGCUUGGUGCUGCUGCUGGCAGGGGAUGACCUCAUCUUCUCUGGGCUGAAGAGGGAUAAUGCAGGUGAAAGCAUCUGUAACUUCCCAGUUUGUUCCAACAGUUUGUCAGCAGAGGGAGGAGGUUGCUUAGCUCCCAGGGUGCCUGGGAUAUGGGUGCUAGCACAGCGCCAGGCAGGGGAGCACAGCAUCCCUGGGCUUCCCUGCCCUCCCUGUGUCACAAAACAGGCUGAGAGGAAGGUGUGUCGUUUCUGCCAUGUUCAGGAAGGUGCCAGGUGCUGUGCAGAGCCACAGGAGCCUGUCCUUGGCUGUGCUGGAGUCCAAAGCUGCUUCUCUUCCCAGGUGUGUUGCAGGUGUGGGAUUGGCCACUGGCUCAGUGUGUUCUCAUUCCCCUUUCCCAUGCAGGGAGUGCUCUCCCCUCACCUGCUGGGCAAGGCUCUGCUGCAGACAGAGCUGUGUUUCCUCCAGCUGUGUUCUGCAGCUGGGAAGGGGCUUGGGUUGAGGGUUUUGUAGGGUAGGGUCCUUGGGGCUGUGAUGUGCACUUGGCAGGUACCUAAAGCCAGCAGCCUGCAUCCUCCCUUUACCUGGCUCUGGGAAGUUGUGCCCAGCCCUGCAGCAGGAGCACAGAGACAGCAUCAAACAGCCCCGUGGGGUGUCAGGAUUAGACCUUGUCUCAUCUCCUAAGCCCCAGGUCUGGUCUCUGUGCUUUAGCAGGGGUUUGCUUUGGCCCCCAGCUCUGUGCUGGGAGUGCUGAGCCCCAGGCAGGUGCAGCUGCUCCUGGCUGCUGGGAACAGAGAGCAAACACGAGUGCCUGCUCCAUAGUGGAACUGCCCAGGCUGAGAUUCCCCUUUUGUGGGGUGAGAGGAAGCUCCUUGGCUGAAGGGAGAGGAGGAGGCAGGGUGAGAGCACAGGCAGCCCUCCCAGGGAGGGCCAGGCCUUGGCAUCUCCUCCAUCGGCUGAGAACAUUCUUAUUUUCCUGAAACCAUUUUUUCUUUUGGUUUAUUUCAAGCCCUAGUGAAAGGAGAGGGGAGCUGGCUGAGGCAGAAAUCUCUUUAUGUCCUUCAGUGUUGUUUACAGAUUUGCAUGGGGUCUUUCAACAUGAGUGCAGCGCUUUUUCCACAUAACUUUGAGGGAGAGGAGUGAGAAAGGCUGGGACAGGGAGGGGGAGUCACUGGGGGAGGAGGUUUGGUUCUUGUUUUUUUGGGGUUUUUUUUGUUGGGGUUUUCUUUUUCCUUCUUACAAAGCACACUCACUUUGAGCCGCUCCCCAUGCUGGACUCUUUCCUCCCUUGCCCCCCAGCCCUACACUGUGAAGUGACACUGCCUUGAAGACCCCUCACCGUUAUUUAUUUAAUUAAAACCUAAUUUGAAA